AUGCCCAGACUUUCCACUCCUUCCGAGCUUCCUAUCGACACCAUUGUCGACUGGCUCCGCAAGCAGGAGCACUUCCCUCCUGUGCUCGAAGUUGGACCUACGACAGUAAUGAACUGGAUGAUGGCCAUGAACUCCGGCCAGACGGUCAACCGCUUGCAUAAGAAGGUCGACCAAGUCCUGAAGACCUUGCAGCGAAAAGCCAAGGUCACAAGAGCCCGGUGCACCAAGUUCAGACAGGAUCAUGGCGAAAACCAAGAUGAGCCUGUCGUCUCGAGCGCUUUCCGUCCAGGCGCUCCUACUUCUGCUUCCCGCAGUGAGCAGNCAAGAGAGAAGGGACAGAAGGGCUGCCAACAAAGCAGCCAAAAAGAGGCUCGGCGCAAGCAGAACGCUGCUGCCGUGGCCAAGGCCAAGGCCAGGUCCAAGGCCAAAUCCAAGAUCCAGACUGGGCCCGAGGAAGAUGCAGAGGAGUUCUCCGAAUGGGAGGGCCUCAGUGAUAACGAUGACAAAGCCAUGGACGUCAAGCUCUUGCUGCCUUUUCCUCUAAAAGUCGUCGCUCCUGCCCCUCCCGCCAACAGCCGCGCUUGA